ACGCUUCUAGAUGGUGUUCAUGCUAAGCUGUCUAGAUUCUCCAGGAACUCUACCCAAAAGAGAAAGAAACAAGAACAUCUGCUUUGUUUGCAGGGAAGUGGCUGAACUACAAACAAAUCUUCAGGCAUCUGAGGAACUGUAAAGUUUCUAGAUUUCAUAUGGUUGCUGACAGGGAGAGGCUGACAAGGACCCUCGGGCUUUUCUUACCAUGGAUAAUCUGUUGCCUCCAUCUAGAUUCUCCUAUUUCAAAAAAUACCCUCUCCACGCAAUUAGGAAAUACUUAUCGAUGCUGAGGAGCCAGAGAGCCGAAGAUCAGGUUGCACGUUUUCAAAAAAUACCUAAUGGUGAAAAUGAGACAAUGAUUCCUGUAUUGACAUCAAAAAAAGCAAGUGAAUUACCAGUCAGUGAAGUUGCAGGCAUUCUUCAAGCUGAUCUUCAGAAUGGUCUAAACAAAUGUGAAGUUAGUCAUAGACGAGCCUUCCAUGGCUGGAAUGAGUUUGAUAUCAGUGAAGAUGAACCACUAUGGAAGAAGUAUAUUUCUCAGUUUAAAAAUCCCCUUAUUAUGCUGCUUCUGGCUUCUGCAGUCAUCAGUAUUUUAAUGCAUCAGUUUGAUGAUGCCGUCAGUAUCACUGUGGCAAUACUUAUUGUCGUUACAGUUGCCUUUGUUCAGGAAUAUCGUUCAGAAAAAUCUCUUGAAGAAUUGAGUAAACUGGUGCCACCAGAAUGCCAUUGUGUGCGUGAAGGAAAAUUAGAGCAUACACUUGCCCGUGACUUGGUUCCAGGUGAUACGGUUUGCCUUUCUGUUGGGGACAGAGUUCCUGCUGAUUUACGCUUGUUUGAGGCCGUGGAUCUUUCCAUUGAUGAAUCUAGCUUGACAGGAGAGACAACACCUUGUUCUAAGGUGACAGCUCCUCAACCAGCUGCAACUAAUGGAGAUCUUGCAUCAAGAAGUAACAUUGCCUUCAUGGGAACGCUGGUCAGAUGUGGCAAAGCAAAGGGUAUUGUUAUUGGAACAGGAGAAAAUUCUGAAUUUGGAGAAGUUUUUAAAAUGAUGCAAGCUGAAGAAGCACCAAAAACCCCUCUGCAGAAGAGCAUGGACCUCUUAGGAAAACAACUUUCCUUUUACUCCUUUGGUAUAAUAGGUAUCAUCAUGUUGGUUGGCUGGUUACUAGGGAAAGAUAUCCUGGAAAUGUUUACUAUUAGUGUAAGUUUGGCUGUAGCAGCAAUUCCUGAAGGUCUUCCCAUUGUGGUCACAGUGACAUUAGCCCUUGGUGUUAUGAGAAUGGUGAAAAAACGGGCCAUUGUGAAAAAGCUGCCUAUUGUUGAAACUCUGGGCUGCUGUAAUGUGAUUUGUUCAGAUAAAACUGGAACACUAACGAAGAAUGAAAUGACUGUCACUCACAUAUUUACUUCAGAGGGUCUGCAUGCUGAGGUUACUGGAGUUGGCUAUAAUCAGUUUGGGGAAGUGAUUGUUGAUGGUGAUGUUGUUCAUGGAUUCUAUAAUCCAGCUGUUAGCAGAAUUGUUGAGGCGGGCUGUGUGUGCAAUGAUGCUGUAAUUAGGAACAACACUCUAAUGGGGAAACCAACAGAAGGAGCCUUAAUUGCUCUUGCAAUGAAGAUGGGUCUUGAUGGACUUCAACAAGACUAUAUCAGAAAAGCUGAAUAUCCUUUUAGCUCUGAGCAAAAGUGGAUGGCUGUUAAGUGUGUACACCGAACACAGCAGGACAGACCAGAGAUUUGUUUUAUGAAGGGUGCUUAUGAACAGGUGAUUAAAUACUGUACUACAUACCACAGCAAAGGGCAGACCUUGACACUUACCCAGCAGCAGAGAGAUAUGUACCAACAAGAGAAGGCACGGAUGGGUUCAGCUGGACUCAGAGUUCUUGCUUUGGCCUCUGGUCCUGAACUUGGACAGCUGACUUUUCUUGGCUUGGUGGGAAUCAUUGAUCCUCCUAGAACUGGUGUUAAAGAAGCUGUUACAACACUCAUUGCCUCAGGAGUAUCGAUAAAAAUGAUUACUGGAGAUUCACAGGAGACUGCAGUUGCAAUUGCUAGUCGUCUGGGAUUGUAUUCUAAAACUUCCCAGUCAGUCUCAGGAGAAGAAAUAGAUGCCAUGGAUGUCCAGCAGCUUUCACAAAUUGUACCAAAGGUUGCAGUAUUUUACAGAGCUAGUCCAAGACACAAGAUGAAAAUUAUCAAGUCUCUACAGAAAAAUGGGUCAGUUGUAGCCAUGACAGGAGAUGGAGUAAAUGAUGCAGUUGCUCUGAAGGCUGCAGACAUUGGAGUCGCAAUGGGUCAGACUGGCACAGAUGUUUGCAAAGAGGCUGCAGACAUGAUCCUGGUGGAUGAUGAUUUCCAAACCAUAAUGUCCGCAAUUGAAGAGGGUAAAGGAAUUUAUAAUAACAUAAAAAAUUUUGUUAGAUUUCAACUGAGCACGAGUAUAGCAGCAUUAACUUUAAUCUCAUUGGCUACAUUAAUGAACUUUCCUAAUCCUCUCAAUGCAAUGCAGAUUUUAUGGAUCAAUAUUAUUAUGGAUGGACCCCCAGCUCAGAGUCUUGGAGUAGAACCGGUGGAUAAAGAUGUCAUUCGUAAACCUCCUCGCAAUUGGAAGGACAGCAUUUUGACUAAAAAUUUGAUACUUAAAAUACUUGUUUCAUCAAUAAUUAUUGUUUGUGGGACUUUAUUUGUCUUCUGGCGUGAGCUGCGAGACAAUGUUAUAACACCUCGAGACACAACAAUGACAUUCACAUGCUUUGUGUUUUUUGACAUGUUCAAUGCGCUAAGUUCCAGAUCUCAGACCAAGUCUGUGUUUGAGAUUGGACUCUGCAGUAAUAAAAUGUUUUGCUAUGCGGUUCUUGGAUCCAUUAUGGGACAAUUACUAGUUAUUUACUUCCCUCCACUUCAGAAGGUUUUUCAGACGGAGAGCCUAAGUAUACUGGAUCUGUUGUUUCUUUUGGGUCUCACUUCGUCAGUGUGCAUAGUGGCAGAAAUUAUAAAGAAGGUUGAAAGGAGCAGGGAAAAGAUCCAGAAGCAUGUUAGUUCGACAUCGUCGUCUUUUCUUGAAGUAUGAUGCAUAUUGCAUUCUUUUAUUUGCAAACUAGGAAUUGCAGUCUGAGGAUCAUUUAGAAGGGCAAGUUCAAGAGGAUAAUGAAGAUUUGAGAACUUUUAAACUUUUCAUUGACUAAAAUGAACAUUAAUGUUAAAGACUUGAUUUGAAACUUUAUCCUGCUGACAGUCCCAAAUGAAAUUAUGCAACUUUGAUAACAUAUUCCUUGAUUUAAAUUGGCUUUUGCGAUUGAGUGAGACUUUAUAAAGCAUAUGGGCAGUAAUUUAAUUAAAAAAAGAGGCAAAACAUAAACCACCUUCUGCACUUAAGUCUAACGUACAAAUACACUAUCUUAAGAUAGAUAUAAUUAUUUUUUAUUUUUAAAUAUUGUACUAUUUAUGGUGGUGGGGCUUUCUUACUAAUACACAAAUAAAUUUAAUCAUUUCAAAGGCAUUCUAUUUGAUUUAGAAGUUGAUUCCCAGGAGUGCCAUAUUUCAGCUACUGUAUUUUCUUUUUCCUGCAAUGUAAGCAGCUCAGAUACCUUGUGCUACCAUUUUUAUAUUUCAGGUUUUUGCACAGGAUGUGACCACUGUCAGAUCACUGUUCUUUUCUUUCUUUUUGUGAUUGAAAAGCAUAUACUGCAAUUUGAAGUAAAUGUUUGCCUUUCUUAGUAAGUGUAAAUGGUUCCUUUUUUUUUUUUUUUUUUUAAAUUAAGAUGUGAGUCUUUGGUUUAGCAGAAUUAGUGCAGGGCUAUCAAGUGGCAAUCUAGUUACAGUAACAGUGUCUGUAGUUGAAACAGUCGUAGGUUCAAAAACAUUUGAGACUGGAAUGAAAUUUAUAAUGAAUUAUAUUAACAUGUCAUGUCUUCUUUUUGAGUUAAAUAUAAAUAUAUAAUUUGUUAAAUAUCAUCUUGUCAUCCUCUAAAUAUAAAUCCAAUUCAACUGAAUAACUGAAUUUUAUUAUUUUUACUAUUUUGUAUGUGUAUUUUUAAUUAUAUUUCUUAGGAAGUGUAGUCUGCUAUACUUAAAUAAUAAAAAAGUCCCAAACCUCUAGAUGGUUUAUGAAUGAGGGCUUGCAGGAAAGAUCCUGUGCUGGCUGCUCUUCAUACAUCUUCUAGGCAGCAGCUUUCACAUCAGGUACUGCACAACCCUGAGUCUGUCCCUUCUACUUCCACCAUUUGUUCUCUUAUCUUCUUUUUGUUUCAUUGGGUUUGCUUAGAGAAACAGAUAAUAUCUGCUUUGUGUAAUGCCAUCAGUUUUUUAAAUUUGUUAGAUGUAACUAAUUUGUUUUGAAUGUAUAGCAAGUUUGGGCCAGAAAUUCAAAAACAUAUCCGUUCUCCUGUUGAAUAUUUCUCUGUACAAAGAGAAAUAGUCUCAGAUUCUUAUAACUUUAAUUCUUCUUGAAAUUAGUGAAUUCUGUAUUUUAUAAACUGUCAGAAUAAACCAUUCUCAAGCUUUUAUCCAAUAUUAAAUUGCAAGUGUUAGCUUUGAAAAACUGUCAUUGACAGGGAAAAUAUCCAUUAUUUGAGCCCUUAUUAUUGAAAUGUAAGUGCAAGGAGAUGAGUUGUCUGCACUUUCUUUUUCUUUAUUCUUUCAGACUGAAUAUUCAAAUGUACAUUAUCCUCUCUCAUUAGCUGGAACAUGGAAGCCUUUGUUUAGUCAACUGUCUUUAGUGAUUUGAUACCUGAUACCUAAAUUUUGUAAUGAUUUUUAUUCUGUGUUACAAAGAUGUGAAGUACAUAGUAAGUGCACAUCAGUCUUUUGUUUUGCAUUUUAGGUUUGGAAUAUGACUUGUAUCAAAUUAAUGUGCCAGUCUUUUCAUUUGGUUUUUGAUCUAUAAAAAUAAAAGGAUUUUUUCAUAAGUUAAUUACCUCCUAACUAGUACUGUUAGCAUUAAAAUAAUCUGUUUGGAUGCUAAAGAUGUGGAAAUUCUUUGAUUUCAAAAGAAGUAAAAUAUAUAGUACUGAUCCAAAUUUCAAUUUUUUGUAAUAUAUCAAUCCAGACUAGCAUGCAUGAGUUAAAUGUGCUAAUAUUGAAAUUUUAAAUUUUUGCCCCAUUUUCUAGCUCUAGGACUCUUGGUCUCUAAUGGUAAAAUUUGAUUGUUCUUCCCUGUUGAUUACUUUAUGCCAUUUUUGAUCCUAUAAUGAGUAACACCAGAGAAGAAAAGAAAUAGUAAUAAUGUACUAUUUAGAUACAUAAUUCUCAAAUGAUAAAACUGGCCACAUAAAAACAAGACUGAGCACAUCUGUGCUGGGCAUUACAUAACGCAGAGAUGAAACAAUUAAAACCAUCCAACUCAAAGAACCUCCCUUCUCCAGUUCAGCCCUUAUUUAAUAGCACUAAACAACCUGUAGAAGUAUGACAUGUUUUUAACCUUUCAUCCCACACAUGGUGUCUCUGUUCAAAUUAUAAUCUUUCUGAAAUCACAUUAAGUUUUAAUCUCUUACACAUAGUGUAUAAGUGAGCAUUGGCCAUGUGUAAAAUAGAAGAACCUUAAUUAGGUUUACCCUUCUUUCUGCCUUUGUUAACUGGCAGUUGAUGUGCAGUUUACUUCCACAUAUGACUCACCCAAGAAGUUAGGUGGAUGAAUUGAUUAUCUUUUCAUGAAACAUUUUUUUAGCACCUGACUAUACCAGGAAUAGAGAAAUAAUGGCAUCUCUGCUCUUCAGAAGCUCAUGGACAGAGAUAGUAGGUAGUAAAACUGAUAAACUAUUUUGAGAAAGUUAAUAGUAAUCUCUGCACAUUUAACAGAUACACAUACAUUAAAAUGAAUACAGCACAAUUGCACUAGAAAUUUUCUUUGAUAUUGGCUUUUGAAAAUCUUUGGUUUUCAAAGCUACUAAAAUCCAAACAGUAGUUGAUUUGCCUGCUAAAAUAUGGUAUGAAUAAAUAUUAAUUCUAACUGGUAUGUGACAGA